CUAAACUUUUUGGAGGCAGCACGUAACGGGCCCUCUUCUCAAAGCCGCCGUGCACCAACGCCCGCAGUUCCCCCCUCCUGGACUCCUCACGGGCUUCAUUGCGGUCCAGGAUGAGCAGACUCCUCUUGCGCUCCGCGCUGGAGCUCCGGGCGUCAUCGUUGGCGAAGACGACGCCUGCCCGCUUCGCGCCAGCGAUCCUCAGCAGCAGCCGGCCCCCGUCGUCGUCGUCGUGCUGCUCGAGGCGCGGCUUCAACUCCACGACGCCCAUCGUCGAGCCCGUCAACCAGCCGCACGUCAACAACGCGCCCAACCCGACCGAGAACCAGGUCCGCCCGCUCGCCUUCAAGAAGAGCCACCCGUCGCCGCCGCCCGCGCCCCCCGUCGCCGACUCGGUGCGCUCGCUCCUCCCGCUCCUCGCCGCGCAGCCCGGCGGCCACUACGUCACCGUCCACAUCCACGGCUUCCCCUACCUCGUCCAGGAGGGUGACCAGGUCCGCCUCCCGUUCCGCAUGCCCGGCGUGCUGCCCGGCGACGUGCUGCGCCUCAACCGCGCCAGCGUCCUCGGCAGCCGCGACUACACCCUCAAGGGCGCGCCGCACGUCGACGAGCGCCUCUUCGAGUGCCGCGCCACUGUCCUCGGCGUCGAGUCGGAGCCCCUGCGCAUCAAGGUCAAGACGAAGCGGAGGCAGCGCCGGAAGAAGCAGGCCAAGAGCAAGCACCGCUACACGAUUCUGCGCAUCUCGGAGCUCAACAUCAAGACGCUUGAAGAGAUUGACGAGCCGAGCGUAUAAGCGGCGAGAGCACCAGGAUUGGCUCGGCGGAGGGUCAAGGGGCAGGAAGAGCGGAGGAACCACGUAUACCGACAUCACUUUCCGGUCAACCGCCUCAGACGCGGUGUAACAUCUACCAGCUAAGCGCUGAUUGUACCAUAACACAGUCCAUAACGUCACGCAGUCAAGCCAUUGAGUUUCUCGGCGACUACGCAAAGUGCUGAGUUUGCAUCUCGAAGCCAUUAAACAUGUG